GAUUUCUGUCAUGAGUUGGUAAAUCAAAUAAAAACGCAUCGCCAAGAUGCAUCUAAUGUUUUGAUUGUGUUACUAUAAUUGUACGGAAAUUUUCCACACAUUUCAAAUCUAAAUCUUCAGAGAUAUAGCAAUCUAAUCAGUGUUUCUGUUGUUUUGUUAUCGGGAAGUCUUGAGUGUUGGGGAACAUGUCAAGUUCAUUAUGAGCAUCGUCGUUAAAAGUCUGCUGAUGGUGUUGUUGGAAAAACAAUGGUUCUUCGGGUGAAGAUUUACGGUCGGCUUGCGAUCGUUCUGCUUAGUCUAGUUCUUAUUUUCGGCUACAUAGCUCUGGUUGAUAGUGGAGCCAACAAUCUUCACAUGUUUGAUGGCAUUCGUACACAGGACAUCAUAGCCGGUGACGUGUUCUUUGAGAUAGUUGACCCGCCGGAGCUGGAGUACACGUAUCGCAUACGCCCGGCCAAGGAUUUCGGUGCAUCUUUCGAGGCGCCCUCGUUUCGCGUGCGGGAAGGUAAACUGGUGCCGGCCAUUCCGGCCGAUGCCUGCGAGCAGCAGUUUCUGAACGCGAACGACAUCCGCGGUAACAUCGCACUGGUGGAACGAGGCGAGUGCUCCUUCUUAACGAAAGCAAUAAACAUCGAGGCGGCAGGCGGAAAGGCAGUCAUCAUCACGGAAAUCGACAUCGAUUCCGACGACUAUGACUACUACAUCGAGAUGAUUCACGACAAAUCGGACCGGGAUACGAGCAUACCGGCCGCCUUUCUACUCGGCAAAAAUGGACGCAUCAUCCGCAAGACGCUGAUGCAGCUGAAGCGUCGUUACGCGUUGAUCAAUCUGCCGGUGAAUCUGACCUACGUGGCCCCGCACGAGAUCAAUCAGCCGCCGUGGCUGCAGUGGUGAUUUGUCGAGCUUGUUGUUUUUUCUGUUUUGUUUGGAUUGGUUUAUGCGAUAUUCGGAAGAGACUUUUCAAACAGAGUGAAUGAAGGUAUUAUCUACUAUGAGCAGUUGUUGAGAGCACCAGAGACUAAUUUUCUAGUCAAACAAAUUAUGAACACGUAAACGGGAAGCAACGAAGAAAAUACUUCUACAAAACUUUGC